AUGGCCAAACUAAACCGACCGCUGCAACUACACACCCCUUACGAGCAUGGCUUGCAACGAAAACAAGCGGCCAGGCUGGCCAGGAUUUUAGAAAUGGUGCAUGCCAACCGAAAAUCUGUCGGAGCCGCCCACCUAUCCGCGGUUCCGCCAAAAACGUUUCGAUCUGGAAGAAAAUCUUACGGAGAUUCCGCUAUAGGAUGGGUCCAAGUCAAAAGGUGUGAUAAAAUAUGCACAGUUAAAGCUAAAAUAACACCUGAGCAUAGUGUGAGAAAAAAGCAAUAUGCCGUUACCUGUACUGUGGAUGAAGAUGUUGGACUGUAUCACUGGUUGGAAAGAUAUAACGUAAAUGUACUUUUUGUAAUUCGAGGUGGAUGUAAGCAUGCCAUUGCUUUUUUAGUGUGGCUUCAUAGAAGAAGCGAAGAACCUUCUCCCACUGACGUGGCUUGUUACUGGUCAAGAAGCAAGCUUUCACGAGUAGGCUCAUCAGUUAAAUAUUUGACUCUAAAAGACUUUGGCCAAACACAGGAGUUAAGUUCUGAUGAAGAAAGUGCACACUUCUUAAACGAAUUAACAGCUACAGGAUUGGAAAAUAACAGCUAAAGUCAGAUUUUAAAAUAUUUUACGUCUGACAAAAUAACAGAUCAUCUUGGGUUGCAUCAGCUUAUUUUGAGG